AUGAAUAAUAGCGAAUUGAACAGUAAUGAAAAGAGAAGUACACACCUAAUUUCGGGUUAUGAUGUGGAAAUUCAUUUGAAUAGUUUGAAAACUGUUGUGAACGAAGCACAUUUUACAAAUAAUCAGGUUUCUUCUCAGAUCAUUGAUGACCAUGAUUGGGAACAAAAGUAUCAUUUAGGAAAUAUUGUUGCUGUUACUGGAGAUUAUGUUGCAUAUGCUGUCAAAGAUAAUAAUGAUAUUGAUGAAAAUGAUCCAAUCAAUGAUGCUCAUACGCUAUUAGCCGUGACCAAUGGAUCAAAAGUUGAAUUAUUAAAUGUAGCAAUAGCUGCACAAUCCUAUAUUGGUGAGACAAUUUUAACCUUAAAUCAAAUUGAAAAUGGAUAUUUGAUGUACGAAGAUAAUCAAGGACUUGUGACAUGUGUCUGUUUUUCACCAGAUGGCGCAGCAAUUGGAACUGGAACAGAUACAGGCGAGAUCAAAUUUUUUUCGAUCAAUUUUGAUCAACCUAACUCAUGCGGAUGUCUUCAUUGUUGGGUUCCACAUGACGGGCGUCCGAUUAGUUGUUUAUAUUUUCUUGAUGAUCACAAAAAUUUAACACAAGACACACAAUUAUGGCGUUACGCUAUAUCUGGUUGUGAUUUCAAUAGUGAAUUAAAAAUUUGGAGUUGUAAAAAUUGGUGUUGCCUCCAAAUUAUUCGUUUUCAAUAUUCAUUCAUGGAGAUAUCUCCACUAGUACAUUCACAAACGAAACUCCUAUUGAAAUCAUCAAUUGAUUUAACAUCACAUUUUCUUGUUUUAUCAGAUAUCAAUCGAAAGUGUUUAUAUGUUUUGACUAUCUUUCAAGAUAGUGAACAGAAUCGAGCGGAAUUUACAUCUAUCAAUGAAUUUUUAUUAAAAGCGCCAGCACUAAGUUUCGUAAUUACCGCUGCCGAUCGUUUAAAUCGAAAAAACGUUUCAGAGCAAUCCCAACAACAAAACGAGAAUAGCAUGGCUACUUAUGCUGUAAAGUUGUACAGUAUUCAUACAAAAUUUUUUCAAGAACUGCUCGUGAUAUUUGAAACAAAAAAUUUCAUUCAUACUAAUACUACAAUAUUGUCGCCCAUAGUUCAUAAUCACCAUACAUCGAAUACUUUUAGUAAUCAUUCCCCACUGAAGUAUUCAGAUGAUAUUAUCGAUGAUUUUCGUUUCGAUUCAUACAAUUCCCAACUGAUCACACGAGAUCGAUCAUCAUUUCCUCCACCUCCUUCGUCAGAUAGAUUAUGUCUAGUAGGAGAUCUAAUGACUAUGCCCAAUUACAGUAUCGACGAUCUUCUUUCACCAAAUAGUUCGUUGACAAAUGUCACAAGAGAUACAACACGAUCAUUUUUAGCAGCAGAUGGAUUAAGCAAUGGUGCUAAUAAUCACAUUUCAACAACACCAACGGUUGAUCCAAUACAUGGUUUAUUAUUGGGCAGUACAACCGCAUUUGAUCCAAUACAUCGAUCAGUUCAUCAUCAAACACCGUUAACAUCUCCUCCACAACAGCAAACAACUGCAAUACACCCACAAUCGUUAAUCAAUGAAAUGUUUUCACAUGGUCUUAUACAAACAACAGCAACAACAGCGGACACUACCAACAAAACAAGAAAACUUAAUAAUCGAGGUUCAACAUCGCCAUUCGAUUUAGAUGAUAAAGAAGUUGCUGAAAGUAUGGCAGGUACAACAAAUUAUCAACAUCAAUUUGAUGUCUUAGUGAAUGAUACUGACGAUGUGGAUAAUGUAUUUAUACCUAUAAAAACAAACGACGACGAAUUAGAUCAAUUGGAUGAAAAUGGACAGGUUAAUGAAUCGCGUACACAAGAUCCUCUAUUAUCACCACAGAAGUAUGGUGAAGCCUCGCUGUGGUCAAAAUCGUGUCAUUCUCGCAAUGACAGCCCCAUGAAUCGACAAGCAAUGGGUGAUUUUAGUGCAACCGAGACAAGUGACAAAGACGACGAUUCAACUGCUGAUGAGGGAGAACAACAACCACAAACUCAUCCAAGAAUAAAACGUCGUGCAAGAUCACCAAAUUCAAUUCUUCCGUUACAAUCAGGAUCUAUUGGAAAUGAAGCUUUACACGCUAUUCGAGAAUUAUCUAGUCAAUUGAGUUCAUUUCGUGUAAACUAUCUCAUCCAACCACCUCCUCUAACAUCUUCUUCAACAGCAACAACAGCGAUAACUAACCCUCAAGAUUUCAGUGAAAAGCUAGAACGAUGUUCUCAAAGAAUCGAACAAUUAACAAAUAAAUUCGACAGAUUUAUGACGCUCGAUCAACAACAAACACCAGGUGCUAAUAUACAUUCCAUAUUGUCCACAAGACCUAAUCCUAGUGACAAUGUUACUUCAAACAAUGGUUCACUUAAUAGUGAUUUAAAUUUAACUGAUGCACAUUAUGCUCGCUUAGAAAAUAUCUUAGUCGAAAAAAUUCAAGUUUAUGUUCAAGGAGCUGUAAAAGCUGUUUUUGAGCCGUACAAAGAUUUAAAAGAUAAUUUACACAAAGAUCUUGCCCAUAAAUUAUUAUCAACUGAUAAUGUAAUUAAAUCAACAAUGACUCAAAUAUUUCGAUCAAAAACAAUGAUUGAUUCUCUGUCUAAUGCUGUCGCUGGUACUGUACAAUCGACAAUGAUCUCAACUUAUCGUGAUGCAUUUAAUCAAAUCGUUAUACCAUCAUUUGAAAAAGCUGCAUUAAAUAUGUUUCAACAGUGUAACGAAGCAUUUAAAAAAGGCACAAAAGAAUAUUUACAAGAAAUGGCUGAAAAUGGUCGUCAACAACAACGUUUAUCACAACAGCAACGUGAGCAAGUGUUAUCAGAAGUUAAAAAAGAGACAGUAAUUUUGUUAAAAGAUUUUGAACGUAAAUGUCAAGAAGUUUGUCUGACAGUUAAAAAUGAUUUUAAUCAAUAUAUGAGAACAAAUUUAACAUCAGUUAUAUGUGAUACAUCUCAAACAGUACUGAAAAAUGAAACAUCAUUAUUAUUACAUGAAUUAUUUACUAAUCAAAAAAACGAUAUUAAUAAUCUCUUACUCCAACAUUUUCAACGAUUUCAACAACAACAGCAGUCACAACAAUCUCCACAACAAACUGUUCCAUCUAAAACUCGGACAACUACUAGUCGUACAACAACACCAUUACCUGUUUUAAAUGACAAUAGUCAACAACAACAACAUGAAACUAAACAACAAUAUGUAUUGAAUCUCGUUCGACAUGGACAAAUAAAUCAAGCAUUCGAAUCUGUAUUGUCUGCUGGUGAUUUAAAUCUUGUCAUAUUUUUAUGUGAAAAUCUUCGUCCAUCUCAAUUAUUUUCUAUUCAACCACUUCCGUUACAAACACCCGUCUUAUUAUCAUUAAUACAUCAGUUAGCUGCAGAUUUAAUUCAUCAUCAAGAAGUGAAAUAUAAUUAUCUUCAAGAAGCUCUCAUUUUUAUGUCUGAUGUAGUAUCGGAGAAUGUUUAUUCUAAACCUGUUGAGACUAAUUAUGACAUUGAUUGGAGUAUGUUAGAUAAAAAAUUAUAUUUUCCAUUAUCAUUACUCUCAACGUUUACUAUUCGAUGUUUAUUAUAUCCAUUUACUUUGGUGCGAACGAGACUACAAGUGCAAGUUCAACAAUCAAUCUAUAAUGGCACAUGGGAUGCAUUGAAAACAACUGUUAAAUUAGAAGGAUUUCAUUCGUUAUAUAGGGGCUUUUGGAUCUACAGCUAUCAUUUGAUACCAGGUCUUUUAUAUAUCACGACAUUUGAAGCCACAAGGCUUCAAGCGUCAAACAUAUCAUCUAAUACAUACAUUAGAAGCGCUAUUGGAGGAGGUUUUGCAAGUCUCACCAGUCAGGUUCUAGCUGUACCAAUAGACGUUGUCAGUCAGCAUAUGAUGCUCGUUGGUUUAACAACACCAUCUAAAUCAACGAAAUAUGCAACAGCAUCAACAGGCUCAUCAACGAAUUCGUUUACAUCUGAGUCAACUAUUAAAUUCAAUCGUCGACAAAUCAAUCGAAUACACGUGCCAGAAGAUGUACGCACAAAUAAUUAUCGAAUAUUCAAACAUAUUUGUCAGACACUACUUUACGAAUAUAAACAGGAUGGUAAAAUUUUAAAUGCUGUAAAACCCUUUUAUAGAGGUUACAUAUUAUCAAGUGCAUUAUUCGGUUUAACUUCUAGUAUUUGGUGGCCCGCUUACUAUUUUUAUCAGAAUCAGCUAUUAAAAAUUGAUAAAUUUUAUUUACCAUUAAUUAUCAUACAGUGUAUCUCCGGACCAUUGUCUUCAUUAACGUCGACGUUACUUACAAAUCCAUUGGACGUAUGUCGAACUCGUGUGCAAGUUGAUAAAGAUAAACGACCAUACAGACAUAUUAUAAAACAAUUAUGGCAAGAAGAGCGAAUGUCAAUUUUUACUAAAGGAUUGACAGCGAGGCUAACACAUUCGUGUAUUUAUUCUCUUUUCGUCAUAUUUGGCUAUGAAACAGUGAAACGUCUUUCAUUAAAAGAGGAAUAUAAAUCAUCUGUGAGAUGGUAA